AAAGCUGGUUCCAUUUAUGAAAUAACACAUUUCCACACUGGUCGCAACAAACCAUCUCACAAAAUUGUACCACACGUUGCACAAUUGUUCUUUAAUGCAAGAACAACUUUCAAAGAACUGCCAACCAUUCAGCCACACAUUCCACGACAUCGAUUUUAUUUGGUUGAUUAUACUCAAUUGUCCACUCGGAUUGACAAAAUUGACAUCCUAACAGAUGUUUUUGGACACAUUACUGCAAUACAACCAUUGGAACAAAAAAUGGUGGGCAAUGAAAGGCUUGAGGAUAAAUGUGAAGUCUGCAUCGAAAAUAUCAGGAAAGAAAAUGUUAGAAUAACCCUGUGGGGAAAUACUGCAAAAACUUUUGAUUCCCAAGCUUUACAACAAUUGACAUCACCAAUAUUCGCAGCUUUUACAAGCCUGAAAGUUAAACAAUUUCAAGGGAAAAUUGUUCUAAACAGUAGUGUCUCCACAUUAAUUUUUAUCAAUCCAGAUAUACAAGAAUUGGCGGCCUACAAAACGAUCUUUAAUGACUCCACACAUGCUAUUAAAAUGAUGCCUUCUUCCGCCGCUCAACUAAUGACACCUCAACAUUUAGAAGCUGCUAAAAAGCUAUCUGUCCAAGAGUUAAAUGUUCUUGAUCCAGAGACACAUAAGCUAUUACGCGUUUUGAUACGCGUAAUGGUUGGUGGUAUAAAGCAUGUCCAUCUUGCUUUAAACAACUUAGAACUGCUGUCCACCGUGAUGAACUUUUGUGCCCAAAACACAAUAAUCAAAUUCCUCUCCCUUGGUUCAAAGUGAGCUUGGUGCUUGAAGAUUCAACUGAUGAAACUAAUGCUAUCAUAAUUGGAAGACCAGCAGAACAACUGUUUAAAAUUUCUUGCAAUGAAUUGGUUGUUCAAAGAGGUUUUACCGACCAACAACAAUUACCAGAUGUGAUUCUGCAAACAAGAGGACAAGUUAAAAUUUUCCAACUUCGAUUUGGAAGCAUGAGAAGUGAUUUCAACAGAAAUGAUCUACUCAUUCAAGCAAUCUUCGAUGACACAAUGCCACUUAUUGAACCAACACCGCAAUCAUCUGACAAAAGUUUGGCUGCACAUGAUACAGAAAACAUUGGCGCCCAAAUGGUUCCACCCAUUACCCCACUUCUCUCAAAGCAAAUUCCAAGUGCAUCUUCCACAAGCUCAGCUGAUGCUUCUAUAACAGAAGUUACCCCAAUUUCAAAAAAAAGAUACAGAGACGCUGUCAAAAGAGCUCUAUUCACCUUUCGUCCAUCAAAAAAAGCAAAAAGGAUCAAGACCUCCAUCAAAGAGAAGAAAAAUCAUGAAGAAAGUGCAAAACAAAGCUCGCCCAAUUAAAUAGCAUGCUGUACAAAACUAUCCAACUUUUGCUAUUUUGUGCCUACU